AUGCUAUUUUCCUUCAAGGGUUCAACUACGAUAUUUAGUAUAGACGUACAAGGCGCUUUCCUGGUGUUCGGGAUCGAAGGAAAUGCACGUGUGCCAUACCUACUUCACUAUGUGGGUCCGACGACCUUCGAUAUUCUAUGUGACCGACUUGACCCAGAGGAUCCGUUUGGGCAGACCUACGAGAUACUAGUCCAAAAGUUGGAGGAAUUUUACGCGCCAGCGCCAUUAGAAAUCGCUGAAAAUUAUAAAUUUUAUCAGCGGAAGCAAGCAGACGGAGAGUCGGUGCAGCAAUUUGUAGCAGCCUUGCACAAGUUGAGCAUUUAUUGCAAAUUUGGGGAUUACCUCAAGACAGCCCUCAGAAACCAGCUAGUUUUCGGCAUGCUAAAUAAGAAGGCACCAGUACGUCUUUUGGAAAGAAAAGAUCUUACUUUUGAGAAAGCAGUAAACGUUGCCGUUACAAUGGAACUAUCCGAGAAAAGUUCGGAACAGAUGAAAUCUGUGGGAGCAUCAAGUACAACGCAGGCAGGUAUUGAAUACCUGAAAGCGGGUAUGAAGCCUACAUCAAAAAUACUACGGAGAACCGUACAAAGCAGCGAGCGAGUGCGGUAAGCCACAUUUAGCGUCAAAGUAUACUUUGCGUCAAGACGUGCGUUGUCACGGUUGCGGGAAGCAGGGG